AUGCUCGACCUGAAUGACUUUAUCACCGAGCGUGGUGGCAACCCCAACAAGAUCAAGGAGAGCCAGCGCAAGCGGUUUGCCCCUGAAGAGGCUGUCGAUGAAGUGAUCGCAUUGUAUGAGGAGGCUCGGCGCGCCCGGUAUGAGGUGACUCAGUUCGGCUCGCAGCUGAACCCGCUACUGAAGCAGAUUGGCAUGAAGAAGAAGAACAAGGAGGAUGCCACCGAGCUCAUGGCGCAAAAGGCGGAGCUGGAGAAGCGCAAGAAGGAGGCCGAGGAUAAAGCGGUGCAGAAGGAAUUGGAACGGGACCGCAAGAUUCGCACUAUUGGAAACUACGUUCACGAAUCUGUGCCCGUGAGCGAUAACGAGGACAACAAUGCGAUCAUCAGGACUUGGACCCCCUCAGACGCCGUCAUGGACCGACCCGGCUGCCUCUCUCACCACGAAGUUCUCACCCGUCUGGACGGAUAUGACCCCGAGCGUGGUGUCAAGAUCGUCGGUCACCGUGGAUACUGCUUGACUGGAUAUGGUCUCUUCCUCAACCUGGCGCUUGUCAACUACGGCUUGGAGUUCCUCUUCAACAAGGGCUACACGCCCAACCAACCCCCGCAAUUCAUGCUCAAGGACCUCAUGGCGAAGACUGCUCAACUUGAGCAGUUUGACGAGGAGCUGUACAAGGUCACCGAGAGCGAGGAGCAGUCGACAGACAAGUAUCUGAUCGCCACCUCUGAGCAGCCUUUGUCUGCUCUGCACGACAGCGAGUGGUUGCAAGACAAGGAUUUGCCUAUUAAGUACGCCGGAUACAGCACAUGUUACCGCAAGGAAGCCGGUGCCCACGGAAAGGAUGCCUGGGGUAUCUUCCGUGUUCACCAAUUCGAAAAGAUUGAGCAAUUUGUGCUCACCAAGCCCGAGGAUUCGUGGCAAGCCUUUGAAGAUAUGAUGGCCACCUCGGAGGAAUUCUAUCAAUCCUUGAAGCUUCCCUACCACGUGGCCGCCAUUGUCUCCGGUGCUUUGAACAACGCCGCGGCCAAGAAGUAUGAUCUGGAGGCCUGGUUCCCCUUCCAGAAGGAGUACAAGGAGCUCGUUUCGUGCUCCAACUGCCUUGAUUACCAGUCUCGUGCCCUGGAGAUCCGCUACGGUGUCAAGAAGGCCACCGAUUUGAAGAAGACCUACGUGCACGCACUGAACGCCACCCUGUGUGCCACCGAGCGUACCCUCUGCUGUAUCCUGGAGAAUUACCAGCGUGAGGAUGGUAUCGAGGUCCCCGAGGUUCUGCGCAAGUACAUCCCCGGUCAGCCCGAGUUCCUCCCAUAUGUCAAGGAGCUCCCCAAGAGCUCCACUUCCCAACAGAAGAAGAACAAGGAGAAGGCGGCAGCCACCAAGCCCGCGGCAGGAACCGAGGAGGCGACCAAGAAGAUGCAGGAUCUGCAGGUCUAA